AUGGCGGCACUUCGCAGAAAAUUCGGAGAGGACUACCAGGUGGUCAACACGAACCGGGCCACCACGUUUUCCGCUCCGGUGAAGAAGAAGCGCCAGCGGUUCGUGGAGAAGAACGGCCGCUGCAACGUGCAGCACGGGAACCUGGGCGGGGAGACCAGCCGGUACCUCUCGGACCUCUUCACCACUCUGGUGGACCUGAAGUGGCGCUGGAACCUCCUCAUCUUCAUCCUGACCUACACCAUCGCGUGGCUCGUCAUGGCAUCCAUGUGGUGGAUCAUCGCGUACAUCCGGGGGGACCUCAACCACGGCCACGACGCGACCUACACCCCCUGCGUGGCCAACGUUUACAACUUCCCCUCCGCGUUCCUCUUCUUCAUCGAGACCGAGGCCACCAUCGGGUACGGCCACCGGUACAUCACGGAGAAGUGUCCAGAGGGGAUCAUCCUCUUCCUGUUCCAGUCGCUGCUGGGCUCCAUCGUGGACGCCUUCCUGAUCGGCUGCAUGUUCAUCAAAAUGUCCCAGCCCAAGAAACGCGCCGAGACGCUCAUGUUCAGCCAGGACGCCGUGAUUUCCCAGCGAGACGGAAAGCUGUGCCUCAUGUUCCGCGUGGGCAACCUGCGCAACAGCCACAUGGUGUCCGCGCAGAUCCGCUGCAAGCUCAUCAAGUCUCGUCAGACGCCCGAAGGCGAGUUCCUGCCUCUGGACCAGUGCGAGUUGGACGUGGGUUUUGGGACGGGUGCAGACCAGCUGUUCCUGGUGUCGCCGCUCACCAUUUGCCACGAGAUUAAUCCCAAGAGCCCGUUUUUCGACUUGUCGCAGCGCUCCCUCUCCAACGAACAGUUUGAGAUCGUCGUCAUCCUCGAGGGAAUUGUGGAGACGACGGGUAUGACGUGCCAGGCACGGACAUCGUACACCGAGGAUGAGGUUUUAUGGGGCCAUCGUUUCCUGCCUGUCAUGUCCCUGGAGGAAGGCUUUUUCAGGGUGGACUACUCCCAGUUCCACAGCACGUUUGAGGUGCCGACACCCCCGUACAGCGUCAAAGAGCUGGAGGAGAAGAACUCAUUGCCCUCACCUCUGUCCACCCCCACCCCUGCACUGACUGAGGGCCACGGUGCCCGGCGUAACCGGGUGUUUUCUGUGGAUUGCAUCAACACUUCAGAAGAUAAAGGCCGUCAGGGAAGAACUGGAGGUCGACUGCCGAGCAAGCUGCAGAGGAUGAGUUCAUCCGGGAAGGAGGACCUGCAGAGGAAGGUGCUGCUGCUCAGCUCACAGCACUCGGAGAAGGCCUGCAGCACGGGGGACCUCCCCCUGAAGCUGCAGAGGCUCAGCUCCUCACCCAGUCCCGGGGCGCAGAACCGCCUGCAGCUCAAGUCCCUGAAGGUGGGCUUUGAGCCCAUGACGCAGUCAACCGGAGACCUGUAUCAGCGCAGCACGCCAACGACUACACCACCAACUCCGGUUCCUAUGCACAGUCCUCUCCUUUCAGCCGGGGGGAGGCUGGAGGACAAUCUUCCCCCCAAGCUUCGGAAAAUGAAUGCAGACCGCUAAAAUCCAAACAAGGGACAAACACUCACACAAAGAGCCACAU